AUGCGCGCAAACGGCGUCCGCGAAGCCCUUCUCACGUACGUGCGCAAGAUGGCUUCACACAUGGCCAGUUCCCCCCCCCCCCCCCCCCCCCCGCAACCCCCUCCCACCUCCCGUUCCCCGCUCUCCUUCAUCCUUCCUUCCCUCCCUCUCCCACCCCCACCUCCGACUCCCCCCCUCCCCCGCCGCGCCCUCCCUCCUCCCCUCCAACUUACGUCCCUUCCGCAUGUCGGCCUUCGCGAGGUCCUCCGCCCUUCCCCUCUCCCCCCACCCCGGAUCCCCCUUCCCUGCCGGUCCGCCGUCCUCCUUUCCCGUUUCCCCUUCUCAUUCCCCCUGUUCGCCUCUACCAUUCCACCAAUCCUCUCCCCGCCAUCCUCCCCCCCUCCCCCUUCCCCCUCGUCCGCUCCCCCAGGCUCCCUUCUCCGCAACGGCGGGUUCGACAAACUAGGCGCCGCGCUAGAAGACCUAAUUAAGCGCUCCGGAGGGCGACUAGGCCGCGUGGUUCGCGGCGUGAAAGAGGUGCCGGGCUGGAAGGCGUCCAAAGGCGGCGUUAAUCUGCUCCGCGUAUCGGGGGAUAUACAGUGCGCAGCCACCGGGGGAACGGCGGGCGGAGCGCAGCGGAGCGCCAAUGGCACGUGCACGCCGAGCGGAGAGAGCGCGCCCCGGUAUAGCGUACAGAUUCCCGCGGUUCCCGCGCGGUCCAUCUUCCAGUCGUUAGAGACUGUAGCGGGGUGUGACUAUAGCGGGUCGUUCGCGAUGCGCGCGCCGACGCUGCGGCACGGCGACCCGGCGUCCGUGCUUCUGACCGUCGUCGACGCCGCGACUGGCGCUGAGCUACUAUUCGACGUGUUCACGGAGAAGAUGACGACCAACUGGGUGCGCAAGUCGUUCGCGUUCCGCGCGGCGAGCGCGGAGAGCCUGCUGACGUUCGGCGCGGGCCCGCUGAACGGCACCGCUGACGUGGACGCGGGGAACGGCGUCGCGAUCGACGCGGUGAAGGUCGAAAACGACGGAUGCUCCUCGCAAGAGGGUCGGCUGGCUCUGGAGAGAGCAGAGGCAACGAGAAGGGGGCUAGGAGAGGUGGAUGAGGACGAGGAGGAGGGAGAGAAGGAGGAGGAGGGGGAGGGAGAGACGGAGGAGGGGAAGGAGGAGGAGAAGCAGGAGGAGGUGGAAGCAAGGCAAGUUACAGCGGAUGAGGAGGAGGAGGAGCAGGAGGAGCAGGAGGAGCAGGAGGAAAGGGAGGAGGCGGAGAAAGAGGAAGAGGGUAUUACUGAAGGCGAUGGCAUGAGUGAGAGGAGAGAGAGGGUGUUACGUUCCUCCCCACCGCCCUCCUCCUCCUCUCUAGUCUCUGCGGGGAAGCCGCUGAACUCGAUCCUGAUUGACUAUAACGCGGAUAAUGCUGCCGUGUCUGGGAAUUCGGUUACCAUCACGCAGAAGAGCGACACUGGAGGGUCCAGAUGGCAGUCCAUGCAGUUCACAUCGGGCGUGUUCCGUGCGUCCAUGCAGUGCUCCUCUGCCGACACCUCUGGCCUCAUGUACUCCUUCUACCUGGACUCGAGCGCGCGAAUCGGCGCUAACUCAGGCCUGGGGUGGGACUUUGUGGGCAACAACAAGACGACGGCCCUCGCCACGUACCACGUGAAUGGGGUGGUUUACCCUCAGAAAAUCAGCCUGGGGUUCCACUGCGCGGAGGCCCCGCACGUGUUCACCAUCUACUGGGACGCCAACUAUGCUGCGUGGUAUGUUGACGGCAAGCUGGCACGAGUGCUGGUGAAGCAGCAGGGGCAGCCGUACCCGUUCCGCCCCAUGUUCCUAUACGGCACGCUGGCCGCUGCUGCCGGGACAAGCAUGGAGCGAUACGCCGGCGCGUAUACCCCCAGCACCACCGUUUACACUGCUGCUUGGACUGGCAUCACGGUGAUUUCCCCCCUGAUGGCGGAGGUGGGGCAGCCAUCCAACCCCGCGCCCCCUGCCCCUGCAACGUACCCCGCAAGCAUAGCGCCGGUGACGCUGACGCCCCUGGCGGUGGAUUAUUGCGAUGACCACUGCAUUGGGUGCAGCAGCAGCACAGACGGCAGCGCCUCAAUCAAGAUGGACAACUCCUGUGGUUCUCGCUUCCGCUCGUCCCUGCCCAACAGCUUUGGGUUCUUCAGUGUGGACUACCGCUGCCCGCAGGGGAAGGGCAGCGGCCUCGUCUCCAGCUUCUACUUAUCAUCGCAGGAGGGCAGCAAGGUGCAGGACGAGAUCGACUUUGAGUGGCUGGGCAAGAACAACACGGUCGUGCAGACCAACUUCUAUGUGCGCGGGGUGGGCGGCAACGAGAAACUCGUCACCCUGGGCCAUGACUGCUCUGCUGCAUUCCAUAACUACGCGCUGUACUGGACCAACAAGCAGCUCAUAUGGUACAUUGACUUUGUGCCUGUGCGGGUUCUACUCAACACCACCGCCAUAGACGGCGCGCCGUACCCAUCCAAGCCCUCCUUCCUCUACGCCAGUGUGUGGGACGCCAGUGGCAUCUGCAACGGCUGCUGGGCGGGCAACAGGGACCCUGGCACUGCCACCGACCCCACCUGGCAGGUGUUUGCGGAGUACAGGAACAUGACUGUACGCUCGCCGCUCUGGGGAUGA